AUGGAAUCGGACACGUCAGAUAAAAAAAUUUCGUUAGAUGAUUUACCAAAGGAAGAGAUUAUCAAAAAAUACAAUAACUUGUUAUCACUAGCUAAAAAAGCAAAACAGGCAAAACAAGAUACUGCAGAAGAGCUUAAAUUAUCAAAAGAAAAUGAAUCGAAAUUGUUAUUAGAAAUAAAAACAUUAAAAGAAAUAGUAGAAUCCUUUACGGAGAAACAAAAGCAAUUUGCCGAAGUUGAAAAUAAAAUAAGGCAAACUAAUGAAAAAAAUAAUGAAUUGCAAAAUUCUUUAGUUUUAUUAGAAGAUAAUUUGAAAUCUAAAAUAUCAAAAUGUGAGGAUCUUGAGAAAAAACUACAAACUGAAAGUGAUAAAUUUCUAAAUUUACAAGAAAAAUAUUCGGUAACUUUAAAAAAUUUCGAGGAGUUGAAGGAAAAUUUUGCCAAAAUUGAAAGUGAAAAAAAAUCAUGUGAUGAAAAAUUAAAAUCUUUUGAAAAACAAGAAAAUGAAUGUGUUGACAAACAAUUUGAAAAUAUAAAUUUAGAAAAAAUGCAACUUGUCGAAUUGCUAAAUGAAAAAAAAAAUGAAAUAAAUGAAUUAUCGGAAAAAUUAAAUGUAUUAAGAAUUAGUUCUAAAUAUUUGCCUGAUAAUUGGAAUGAUAUAAUAAAUGAAAACAAUAAGUUAAAAUGUUUAUUAAAUGCAUCAAACUUAAAAACUGAUGAAAAAUCAUCAAUUGAUCCUACAAAUUUAGUAAGUUCUAAGCCUCAAGAGUAUUUUAAGGAAAAUGAAUUGGAAAAUAAUGAAAAACCAGAUAACAGUAUUUUAUCAAAUUCAGAAACUCAUCAACACAUUUUGGAAAAGGUAAAAAUUUUAGAAAAAGAAAAUAAUGAAUUAAUAAAUAAAAUAGAACAAAACAAAAUAAAAUUUGAUAACGAUAUUAAAUUGUUGGAGGAAAAUUUGGAAGGUGAAAGAAAAAAUUUUGCAGAAGAAAAAAACAAAAUGGAAACGUUAUUUAAAAAAAAAAUAGAAGAAUUAGAAAGUAGUGAUUUAAAAUUUUUAGAAAAUGAAAGAGGUGAUUUAGAAAAUUUCCCGAAUGAAGAAAAUUCGAGGUCAGAGACAGUAGAAAAAUCAAAUAAUGAGAGAACUUUUCAUUCGGAUAGCAUGAAUAAAGAAAUAAAAGAAGAAAAUUUAUUUAAAAGUGAAUUAAUUAAAUUAAUUGAUAAAAUACAGAAUGCAUCACAUGAUGACAUUAAAGCAACAAACGAAAAUAACAGUAUUUUGGAUAAAUCAAAUAUUACAAAAGACUUAAACAAUGAUUUAGAUUUUUUUAAAUUAAUAGAAAUUUUAAAUGAAAUUAUAGAAAUAAAGUUUAAUGCAAUGAAAAAAGAAUUAGAAAAUCUACAUGAAAAAUAUAGUUUAAUAAAUUCUGAAAAAGAAAUUAUUAGUAAACAAUUGGAAGAACAGGUUAUUUUAAGCGAUGAAAAAAAAAAAAAAGAAAAAGAAUUCAUAAAAGAAAUUGAAAAUUUAAAAAUGGAGAUUAAACAUUUACAGGUUGAAAACAAAGAAAUAAAACAUGAACAGUUAGAAAUUGAAAAAUCCAAAUGUAUGAAUGAUGGAAAAAAUUUUGAAGUUGAAUCUAAAGGUAGUGAUUUAGAAAUUAGUAGUAAAAAAAUAGAUGAGGAAUUAAAAGAAAAUCGUUUAAAGGAGGAAAAUGAAUACCUUAAAAAUGAAAUUAAACAAAUAAAAAAUAAUUAUAACGAAACGGUGAAUUUAGUUCGAAAAAAAUUAGAAGAUCUUUUAUCUUCUUUCACGUGUGUAAAACAUUUAAGAAAUGAAUUUAAUAAAGAAAUUAAAAGCAAAUUGGAAAAAUUUAGAGCGGAGCAAACGGAAACGAGGCAAAAUAUAGAAAAUGUUGUUGUUUUGAAAGAAAGAGGAGAAGCAAUUUCUAAAUUGGAACAAUUAACAGAGAAUUUGAGGAAAGAAUUAGAAGAAGCACGGAUGAAAAUUUCGUCGCAGAAUAUAAAAUUGACGGAAAAAGUGAAAAAAAUUGACGAAAUGGAGGAAGAAAUAAAUAAAACAAAGUUAGAGGUCGAAAGUAAACACAAAGCCAUGAGAGAAAUGGAAGAAGAAAUGUGGAGAAUGAAAAAUAAUGACGGUACGGUUGAAACGUUGAGUUCAAGCACGAUAAGUAAAGCAGAAGAAACUGCGAGAUUUGCUGAAUUGGAAGAUAGUUUCGAAGAAAGAUAUUCAAAGUUGAAAGUGAUUGCCGUGAAAUUAAAAAAAAAAUUGAAAGAUUUACAACAACAAGUGGAAGCAGAAAAAAUAAAUUUAAAAACGACGGAAGCAGACUAUCAGAAUAAAAUAACGGGUUUUCAAAAUCAGAUAAAAGGUUUUCGUAAAAUCCAAGCGGAUUAUGAUAAAUUGCAAGAUGUUUUGGAUGAGGAAAAAAGGGAAAAGACGACGUUGAAAAAAAAAAUUGAAUCCGCGGAUAGAGAAAUUAUUUUAUUCAAACAACAAUUGGAAGAAUCGAAAUUAGAAAGGGAUAAAAUGAAAGCCGAUAAAAUCAGUUUUGAAAAGAUUAAAAAAGAAUUAACCGUUCAUAUAUCCGAAUUGAAGACUACAAUAGAAAGGCAAAAGAAAGAAAUGAGUCAAUUGCAAAUGGAAUUGGAUGAAAUUAAGGGUCAGUUAACGGUCAAAGAUAGGCACAUUGAAGAAGAAAGAGAGAAACACAAUACGGCCAUGUUAUUAUUAGAAGAACAGAAAAUAGAUUCGAAAAAACAUAAUGUUUUAGAAUUGGAAAUGGCAGCCUAUGAAAAAACAGCAGAAGAUCUCAAAAACAAGUUGGAUGUAAAAGACAAAUUAUUGAAAGAUUUACAAAAUCAAUUAGAGAGUGAAAAAACACAAAGAGAAUGUCAAGAAAAAGAAAUAAAUCGUUUGAAAUCAAACGUGAACGAGGAAGAAUUGAAAAUAAAUAAUUUUCAAACUCAAAUAAAACAAUUAAACGACGAAUUAAUGACAAUAAAAGGAGACAAUGAAAAAAAAAUGGAAAUGAUAAAAAAUUUUGAAAAAAAUAUCGAAAAUAAAAAUAGGGAAAUUGAAAAUUUGUCCGUGGAAAUAAAAGAGAUAACAACGGAAAAGUAUAGAAAUGAAGAAAAAUUUAAAAAUAAUGAAGAUAAACUUUGCAGACAAAUUCAUGCUUUUGAAGAAAAAUUAUCUGCACUUCAAGACGUUUUAAAUCAAAAAGAAAUUGAAAUAAGCGAAUUGAAAAAUGAGUAUCAGGCAUAUAAGGUACGAGCUCAAAGCGUUUUAAGACAAUCGCAAAAAGAAAUAAAUCCAAGUAAACAACAAAACGCUUUGGAAGAAUUGGAACAAUUAAAAAGCACAUCGGAUUCAUUGAAAAUAAAAUUAGAAGAAUCUUGUAAAAAAUUAAAAAUUUACACGGAAGAAAAUGGAAAUUUAUUAGAAGAGAAAAAAAAAUUAUUCGAAAGAGUUCAAGAAUUAAAUUUAAAUUUAACCGAGUUGAGAAAUGAAAAUCAUAAAUUGAAAGAAUUGAAACAAAAGGAUAAGGAUGAAUUUUUAGAAAAUAUCAGAAUACAAAAAGUCAAAAGCGAUACUCUCGCACAGUGUUUUCAGAAUGACAUAGAAGAGCUUAAAAAGAAACACGAUGAAGAAAUGAAGAGGAUUAUCAAUGAGCUGGAGCAAGUUAAAAAGCAUAACACGCUCAUAGCAAAACCCGAUUUUAAACAAAAAGAAAAAAAUGUAGACAAAAGAAAGGUUCUGGGAGGAUUUGUUCCCUUAAAAGUUGAAAAAGAACCUUUGGACGGUUCGGAAAGUGUGGAUUCGGUUUCUCCUCAGGCAUCGAAUAACUUAAUACCUUUGGAACAAUUACUUAAUCAAUCCGAUUUGGGGGAUGAUAAAAAAUCACGACAGGAUGUACUUGAGUUAAGUGGAAGAUUGGAAAAAAAUGAAAACAGGAUAAAACAUUUAACGGUUCUUUUGGCGGAUGCGGAAAGCGAUUCGGCACGUUUGGCACAAUUGAACGAAGUUUUAAAAGAAGAAAUAAAAAGAUUGCAAAGAAGUUUGGAAAGGGAAAAACACGCGCAAAAUUCUGAAUAUUUAAAAAACGUCAUAAUUAAAUUUGUGAGUUUGCACAACGUCGACGAAAAGGUUCGAUUAGUUCCGGUUUUAACGACGAUAUUAAAAUUAAGUCCCGAUGAAGAAAAUACUUUAUUGAAUUAUGCAAAAGGUACGACGGAAAACGUUAAUCAAAGUUGGGGAAUUAAUUUAGGACUUUGGUCGAGUAGAUGA